CCCUCAGUCCCGUGAUUGGCUGGUUUUGCUCAUCAUUUCCCUGCUAGGAAAAGGGAAGGGCCAGUGACGCCCCCGAACCCAGCUGCAGAAGCGGCCGCCACCUCCAGUGCACAAGGUGUCUCUUCUGAAAAGAAACCUGAGCCUCAGGGAGGCAGCGCGGAGCGACUAGGGCAGGGCUGGCGGGAACCGCGAGGGAGAGCGCUUGGGCAGCGUUGAAAGACUACCGGGAGCUCGGCCGCAGAGGACCCUCGAGACCUGCUGCUGAAAUCCCAGCCCGACGCUCUCCUCGCGUUUUACAGAUUACCCCCCCACGUCCCCGCGACUACAUCUCCCCAAAACGGAGCCUUCACAUGAAGAGAAGGUGAGGGAGCUGGAGCAACCAGGACUUUCCCGGGCACCCAAGAUGCGCUCCAUUAGGAAGAGGUGGACCAUCUGCACGAUAAGUCUGCUCCUGAUCUUUUAUAAGACAAAAGAAAUAGCAAGAACUGAGGAGCACCAGGAGACGCAACUCAUCGGAGAUGGUGAACUGUGUUUGAGUCGAUCACUUGUCAAUAGUUCUGAUAAAAUCACUCGAAAGGCUGGCUCUUCAAUCUUCCAGCAUUCUGUAGAAGGUUGGAAAAUCAAUUCCUCUUUGGUCCUGGAGAUAAGGAAGAACAUUCUUCGUUUCCUAGAUGCAGAACGAGAUGUCUCAGUGGUCAAGAGCAGUUUUAAGCCUGGCGAUGUCAUACACUAUGUGCUGGACAGGCGCCGGACACUGAAUAUUUCUCGGGAUCUGCAUAGCCUCCUACCCGAAGUUUCACCAAUGAAAAAUCGCAGAUUUAAGACCUGUGCAGUUGUUGGAAAUUCUGGCAUUCUGCUAGAUAGUGAAUGUGGAAAAGAGAUCGACAGUCACAAUUUUAUAAUAAGGUGUAAUCUAGCCCCUGUGGUGGAGUUUGCUGCAGAUGUGGGAACUAAGUCAGAUUUUAUUACCAUGAAUCCAUCAGUUGUACAAAGAGCAUUUGGAGGCUUUCGGAAUGAGAGUGACAGAGAAAAAUUUGUGCAUAGACUUUCCAUGCUGAAUGACAGUGUCCUUUGGAUCCCCGCUUUCAUGGUCAAAGGAGGAGAGAAGCACGUGGAGUGGGUUAAUGCAUUAAUCCUUAAGAAUAAACUGAAAGUGCGAACUGCCUAUCCAUCACUGAGACUUAUUCAUGCUGUCAGAGGGUCCCCUGGCUAUUCAUAUGACCUCAAAAAUAAGCAAGAAAAUAAAGGUUACUGGCUGACAAACAAAGUUCCCAUCAAAAGACCCAGCACAGGUCUGCUCAUGUAUACACUCGCCACAAGAUUCUGUGAUGAAAUUCACCUAUACGGAUUCUGGCCAUUCCCUAAGGAUUUGAAUGGAAAACCUGUCAAGUAUCAUUACUAUGAUGACUUAAAGUAUAGAUACUUUUCCAAUGCAAGUCCUCAUAGAAUGCCAUUAGAAUUCAAAACAUUAAAUGUGCUGCAUAAUAGAGGAGCUCUGAAACUGACAACAGGAAAGUGCGUAAAGCAAUAAAGCACAUCUGAAAAUACAGACUGAAUAUGCACUUCUUUUCUGAAGAUGCUUCCUGAGAUUUGCAAAUAGGAUCCAAAACAAGACUGGAUUUCAGCAUCCACCACUUACCUGAAAGGUGAUAAAGGACAUUCAUGAGAAAUCCACUACCAGCUGAUGAAAUACCUGCAAAGUGCUCUAAAAAUUAUGUAUUUUGACUUCAAGGGUCCUAGUAAGUGCCACUUCCACUAAGAACACAGUUUGAAUGUAUAAACAGUAGUGUUUACAAGAUCCAACAAUGCACUUGUCAUUAGUUAAUGAAGCAAAUAUGUUCAUCACUGUUGGGCUGCCACUGCAAGGCCAAGCACAUGAGAAGAGGAACCCGGGAACACAACUCAGCCCUCGGGAAAACUGAAGCGUCCUGUCAGCAGAAAUCAAGAGGGAAACAGUUUGAGCAGUGAAAUCCUUCAGAUUAAACAACUCAAGUCAAUGCCUUCAGUCAGGACUCUGUGUUUGAUCAUGAAUUUUAUGUUUUUGUUUCUGUUCUCCUUUGCCUUCUGGAAUCUCUUUUGGUUUUGGUGUCGGGGUGCUUAGAAAUCCUUUCUGAGAUAAAUAUGAAUGAGAUGAAUAACCUGCAAGUGAUCAUUUUUGAAGUUCUUAUAUUUUUAAAGAGUUAUCCCACAAUGACUCUGUAAAAAGGUUUUAUUUUGCACAACUGUAAACCUCCAGAUUUUUUUCCAAUGGUGUAGAAGGUACCAUCUAAACUGUAUCACUCGGUAAUCGUGAGCCAUUCUAAAGGAAAGAUAUUCUGUGUCAUCUGAGAUGAUAAAAUUAGCAGGAAAAAAAAAUGUACUUUUGGUACCAAAGAUUAUAAUGAUGUGUCUACACAACAAACCAUUCUCCUUUCAUGAAGAUAAUAUAUUAAUAUAUUAUUAUGCUACUAAUAUAAAAGUUGUCUCUGGAUAUUUUAAACUUUUCAAACUUUAUUUUUAUUUGACGGAAGAUUCCACAGCUUUUACAUUUCAUAAUGAUUUUGUGGAAGCAUUUUGCCCUUUAAAUGUUCAACUGAUAGGGCUGGAAUGUGACUUCUAGUUCUUUGAUAUCCCCCUUGUUAUUCAGAUGGAAAGACUGGCACGCUCUCUAGAUUAUUGUUAAAUUCUCUUAGUGCAGAAAUAAUAUGAUUGAUAGAGUGUUGUUUUCAUCACAGACAUCAUUACUUUUAAGAGGUUUAACAAUGAAACUGUACAUCAGUAUUUUGCACUUCAAGUUAAAUUAACCAGUAUUUUUUUCUGUAGUUAAAUUUAUUCAUGUUAUCACAUUAAUGUGUUUUCAUACAAGCACAUGAAAUUAUUAAUAAAAAUUUAAAAACUUUUAACAUAUAGCAGAAUUGACUAGUAGGCCAAUUUCUGGUAAUUAGUAUGCUGGUAGGUAAUUCUGAUGGUAAAUUGUUUCUUUAGAAAACAGAAGUGCUGUGUUCCCACUUCUGCUCUUGACCUGAAACAACAUAGAUUACUUCUUGUUUCUUAGGGAAGGCAGUCUGAGAAAAGAAGAAAUAGCAUGAGGAGUAUGUAUGUUUUGUUCCUUAGGGAAGACAGUCUGAAAAAAGAAGAAAUAGCAUGGAGACUAUAUGUAUGUUUUCAAGGACAAAGGAUAUUCAUGGUAGUACAGUUCUCAAUAUAUUAAUAGUAUGUGGUAUUCUUUUUUAAAAUAUGGUAGAACCUUGUUAUACAGAAGAUUAUAUUUUCUGAGAAUUUAUGUAUCUCUGAGAAAACAAAAUAGAAUCCAUAAAGGAGAUGCAUAGCUAAAAAUGGAUAGAACAUGAUGUGCUUUUAUCAUUGAACCUCUUAUUUAUUGGAAAUUUUUGAAGAAUUGGGUCCAUAUUUUGAAUGUAAACUUGAAAAAUCGGAUUUACUUAACGAAUCCAAAAUAGGUUAAUUACCUAAUUUGGACUAUUUGCAGACAGGUUGUUUGAGUAGCCUUUAGUUUGAAUUCAACAGAAAUGUUUGAAGUCACAGGUAAAUCCUUAUAGAUAAAAUCCAUCUCAGAACUCACUGAAAGUAUGUCUCAAGAAGCAGCAGCAAGGUACCUUGCCGUUUUUACUGCAUUUUUCAACAAAUGCAUUUAAACAGCUUUUAAGGCCACAGCAAAAGCGUCCCAGACGUUCACUGUUCUGUGCGGUGGUGUUUAUCCCGUAGAUGCGUUGAGUAGUGCCUUUUUAGCUUCACGUGGCUUUGUUGCCGUAGGCUUUGUGUUCUCUAAAUACGUUGCCCAGUUCUGAAUAUGCUCAGCAUGUAAAAAGGGCUUCAGUAUCGACUGAGACUACUUUUGUUCAUCUCAGGGAACUUUCAAUACUCAAGAAUGAAUUCAAUUAAAGGCAGUUAGUGUUCAAAGACAAACUGUACAAGACCAUUUCAUUCCCUAUUGGAUACCUUUCUGUGUCCCUCCCCCUUCACAUCCACUGUGGCCUUCUCACAGGGACAGGGCAAGGACGUCACUGAAGGCUAACAGCAAAAGGAAGAAAAAGAAUUGAGAUUUAACCCAUUGGGGGCAAAAGGGAGCGUGAUGAAAUCAGAUUAUAAAUACAUACUUGAAACACCUGUUUGUUUGGUUUUUUUUUUUUCCUUUUGAGACUAUCAUAUGUUCACAGCUUUAAUCUUUUUAUUUCUUUUCCACGAUGUAACCCUGUACCUGGCAGUGCUCGGGCAGCUGAUUGUGAACUAUUCCUGUCCUUCAGAGAACGUGGUUGUUACCGUGUUGUUGACAAGAGUAGGCCGUAGGAACAAUUUCAUCAUUAUUACCCAGCCUGUCGUGUACUUAAUAUUAAGUUGCUGGAAUACAAAAGAAACAAAUAACUUAGUAACAGAUUCUUCUGGGCAAAUCCAAUGAUUUGGCCCACAGGACUGAUGAAAUGACUGGAAGUUUUUCUACCUGAAGAAGGUGCCGGGCAUUCCGAUGUCUUUAUGUAUCGUCUAGCGUAGGAAAUGUCUAUCCAUUGCUAAUGAGGAUUUCUACGUAUAUGCUUACAGAAGAAAUUUAUUUAAAUAAGCUAUAGGUUGUGUACAUACCAACUAGUUAUUAAGCUACAACGCAGGAAAAGGGUGAACAAAGUAAUUUAUUUCUAAUUGAGCCGGUUAGUCAUAAUUCACACAGUGUGGUAUUUAGUUCAUAGAAGACUCAUUUUCCCGUGGAUAUUGUUGGGAAUAUCUGUAAUUGUGGAAGGGGUGUAGGAAGAGUUAUGUAUAGUUAGUUGUUACCUCUACAAGUUUUGAGAGUUUCCCCAUCAGACAUUAUCAAUAUACCAGUGUUUUGCAAAUGGAGUGAGGGAAGGUUAUUGUUCAUAUUUGUUGAAAGAAAAUCCAAAUAAAGCCCACCUAGAAAUAGAUAUUUUAUUAUAUAUGUGCUAUAGCUAUAUCUACAUAGUACAAAUAGACAUGUGUGAUGCAUAUAUACAAUGUUAUAUAUGUGUGUCUGUGUGUAUACACACUGAGUCUGUAAUAUACACACACUAGCUUUGUGUAAUGCUGACAUCUUUGGGGGCUGCCCUGUGGAGCACUCUGGAGAUAAGACCGCUUUAGAAUAAAGAAGUUCUUUUGAGACUUCAGUUACUAACCUGCUUUAAAGGGAGCUACUUUAUAACUGAAUUCUAUGCUGUUCAUACCUAGAGUUAAAAUAAGGGUCUAGUAUAUUCAAAUCUUUAAAAAAAAAAAAAAAAAAAAGGUAAAAAAAAAAAAAAAAAAGUCUUGAAGCUGGCCAUGUAUUUGAAUUGCAGUUUUCAGAUUGUGGCUUCAGACCCUGUGUCUCCCCAUUUAAGUAGCACCUUUUAAUGAUACUGUUUCUUUGUGUAGGCAAAAGCACAAGUGUUUCAAAUGUAUAUAGCAGGAAAAAAAAAGAGUUUACAGAGAUAGCAUUGCUGCACAGGAUAAUUGCUACUGAGUAUUUCUUACAUCAUUUGUGGAAUUGAAAGCUGAGGUUUAUUCUGUCAAGUUCAUUCUGUUCAACACUGUUUCCCUAUUGUUUAUGUAUAGCAAUUGGGUGUUAUUGUUUUAUCAUUUGUAAAACUGUAAAAUAAAUUAAACCCUCCCCCCUUUUUUUCAA